AUGGCUUCUAGAAAUGGUGUUCGAGCUGCAAAAAACUUAUUAAGAAAAACAAUUAAACAACGAGUAGCUUUAAUAUCAGAUAUCCAGAAAGAUCGAGAAUCAUUACAAGUGGCUAAAAAAUUAAUGGCAACACCUGAAUAUCAAAAGAGCAAACGUGUAUGCGUAUACCUCCAUAUGGAUGACGAAAUUAGGACUACUGCUAUAUUAAAGGAUAUCUUUUCAACCAACAAAAUUUGUUAUAUUCCCCACUAUUAUGGCCCUAUUAUGGAUAUGGUGCGUUUACAUUCAUGGGAAGACUAUGAUAAUUUACCACUCACUUCUUGGAAUAUUAAACAACCAGCUGAUAAUGAACAGAGAGAGAAUGCCAUUAGCGGAGGGGGACUAGAUUUAAUCAUAGUCCCAGGACUUGGAUUUACUAUGGCUGGUGAUCGUUUAGGACGAGGAAAGGGAUACUAUGAUGGAUACUUGCAAAAGUAUGAAGAAAAACUCCAUAAGAGGCCAAUAACAAUCGCCCUUGCGUUCGCCUCUCAAAUUUGUGAUACAAUUCCUACGGACGAUCAUGACCGAAGAAUCGAUAUGGUUAUCUCAGGAAAUUCUACUGACUAG